AUGCUGAAAUUAAAAGGCAAGGAUUUAUCAUGGGCUAUCUGGCUCACUGCGGGAUGUGCCAUUAGCACGUUUGGCUUUAACCAAUCCGCCCUUGGCAACUUGGUAAGACUCCCGUCCUUUUAUGGCCAAUUCCCAGACAUCAACGCCGUAACUUCGACUGGCCCUGAAAAGGAGCAGAAGUCGAGAGUAGAAGGGACUGUGGUUGCGCUCUACACGCUUUUUGGCGCGUUCGGUGGUCUCGGCUGCAUGCCUUUGGGUGACAUUCUUGGUCGGAAGAAGACUAUAUGGCUCUCCAGCUUCGUGCAAGGCAUUGGGUACAUCAUCAUGGCCACCAGCUAUAGCCUACCUCAACUGAUUGUGUCUCGAAUGGUACUUGGCCUGGGUACCGGUGGCCUGAUUGCUACCGUGUCCGUCUGGCAGGCAGAGCUAUCUAAAUCCACAUCUCGCGGCGCACAUGUCUCUGCAUUCGGUACGUUUGCCGGAUUUGGAGGAGCCGUCGCCCUCUGGACCGAGUACGGCAUGUCGUUUGUCAAUAACUCUUCCUCGUGGCGUUUGCCUCUUGCAUUGCCCAUCGUCUUCUCUAUCGCCGUCGCGUCUUUUAUGUGCCUUUUGCCCGAGUCUCCUCACUGGCUUAUCAAGACCAAUAAGGUGAUCGAGGCAGAAGCCAUCUUGGCCCAACUAGGCCAGGGUGAAGAGAGCCUGCAACAGACCGUCCACGACAUACAAAUGGCGACGCACGUCAAUGGAAAUGUCAGGCUUUCCGCGCUAUGGGAGAUGGGACCGCGCCGUGUCUUCCACCGUGUCUGCUUGGCCUGCGGUGUGCAGUUCUUCUUGCAGCUCAACGGCACCAAUGCGGUGGUGUACUAUGCAACCACGAUCUUUCAGGCCGAGCUUCAUUUCUCGCAAAAUUUGUCCCUCAUUCUCUCGGCUUGUCUUCCCAUUGCUAUUAUAGUGGCAGCUUUGAUUUGCUCAUUUACAGUCGAUCGUUUCGGACGGAGAAAGCUAAUGAUAUUCGGCGCCAUCAUGAGUUCACUGUGCAUGGCCUGUUUAACCGGCACUACGUCUCAACCUGCCAAUUCUGCCGCUCUCAAGGCUGCCGUCUUUUUCGUCUAUGCAUUCAAGUUCUUUUUUACCAUUGGAUGGUUGGGUAUUCCCUUUCUCUAUGCCACUGAGAUUGCCCCUGAUGGCCUGCGUGCAUCCGUGUCCGGCAUAGCCACAGCCACCGGCUGGUUAUUCAAUUUCUUGAUUGUCGAAGUCAGUCCAAUCGCCUUUACAAAAAUUGGCGAGAAAUACUUCAUCGUCUUUACGGUGAUGAACGUUGUAUCUGCCUUGACCAUUUACUUCUUCUACCCUGAAACAGCCGGGUGCACUCUAGAAGAGAUAGACGCAAUAUUCAUCCAGUCCAAGUCCAUAUUUGACACCGUCAAGGUAGCUAGACAAUUCCCGCGGCGUCUUGAUCCAGUCGUCGCACCCGAACCGGUGCAAGACAAGCCCGGUUCCGACCACGCA